AUGAUACCAGGAGAAGGGAGGACUUAUUUAAGCUUAGACAGUAUAUGCAAAGCAAGCAUAAACACAAAUGAAGAGGAUCUUUUCUAUCCAACUGAGUUUUUGCAUAGUUUGAAAUUUAAUGGCAUCCCAAAUCAUGACAUAAACCUAAAGGAAGGUGCUCCAGUAAUGCUCCUCAGAAAUUUAAAUCAAACAGAAGGUUUAUGCAAUGGCACAAGACUGAUUGUCACCCACCUUGGUAAAUGGUCAAUUAGAGGUGAUAUCAUCUCAGGAACAAACAUUGGUCAAAAUGUAACAAUACCAAGAAUAAUCAUGUCCCCGAAUGAAUCCAAGUGGCCAUUCAAGCUUAAUAGAAGACAACUCCCGUUGGCACCAUGCUUUGCCAUGACUAUCAAUAAAAGCCAAGGACAAUCACUCAAAGAUGUCGGAUUGUAUCUUCCUAAGCAAGUAUUCACUCAUGGCCAAUUAUAUGUCGCGGUAUCUCGAGUCACUACAAGAGAAGGAUUGAUUAUAAUAAAUGUUGAUAAUGAGAUGGAAGACCCAACAUUCAUCAAGAAUAUCGUGUACAAAGAAGUAUUUCAAAAUACUCUGUCAUCAUCCCACAAAAGAAAGGAAAAGCAGUAA